AAUUACUGAAAAACAGCGCGGUUAUUUUUGCGGUCAUCGACCACGCUCGAGUGUUAGCUGAAUGGUCAGCUGUUUUCCUUUCGUAUAACGCGUGAACCGACACAUAGCAAGCGUAACGUUCUACGUUUGUGCAAUUUUAAUUUUGCUUUCGCGCACAAAACUACAAUGGAAUUGGUCUGGUUGGUGUGUGUUGCAGUUAGUGUCGGCGCCUGGUUCGUAUCUGCAGAGAGACACAGCGUCUUUUGGAAUAGCACAAACCCCAAGUUCCUCUGGGACGAGUACACGGUGGAGGUGCGCAUUAACGACUACCUGGACAUCAUCUGCCCCCAUUACGUGCGCGGGGAGGUGCUGUCCCAGGAGGCCGAGCGGUACGUGCUGUACAUGGUGGAGCGGGAGGACUACGAGGCGUGCCGGCCACAGUCCUUCGACCAGCUUCGCUGGGAGUGCUCGCACCCCUUCGCCGCCCACGCCCCCGAGAAGUUCUCCGAAAAGUUUCAGCGCUUCACCCCCUUCACCCUCGGCAAGGAGUUCCGGCAGGGCGAGAGCUAUUACUACAUCUCAAAACCCCUCCACCAUCAUGGACAGGAGUGUAUGAGACUGAGGGUGGACGUUGUUGGACUCAAAGGGACGAAGGAAAGCAAGGUGGGUGGAGGAUCAAGUGGAGGAGCUGGUGGAGGUGGAGUGCACAACCCAUCAAACAGACUUCCUGCAGAUGAUCCUGCAGUGAUUGUCCCUGAAGUCCAGAAAAGCGUGGGAGCGAGUUCAGGAGUGAAGAUGGCUUCCAUGUCCCUCCUUUUCACAGUGAUCCCAGUCUUACUUUCUCUGUUAUUGUAGUAAGAUGACAGAGGAACUACAAAUCCCAGAGACUUUUCAGGGAAAUGGACUACGUUGACAGCGGUCUGUAGGGGACCCAGCAAUGCAGAGACAGAUGUGCAAAGCCAAUGCUGGUCAUUGGUAGCAGGACUGAAAAUAUUUUCUAAGAGCUUUUUUAUAUGUGUAUUGACAGAAUGUUGUAAU